GAAGACUAUUAAUAUUUUGAAGAGAGCUUCUCGCGACUUUCGUUUGCUUAUUUUGUUACUAAUAUUUAAGUGAUGUUACAACUAUAAUCAUCUCAUGUUGAGAACGCUGAUUGGACGGGGGACAAGAGUAGCCAGACUCUAUCCACAUCUACCUAAGACAGCAAACAAGACUCAGAUUACAGAUAAAAAAACAAGGCCUGUACUUUUGCAAGUUAGGAUGGCAUCUGGUGGUAGUGGUGCUGAAGGCAGUGGUAGCAGUGCUGUUAAAGGCAACAACCGACUUGCAGAUGAGAGAUCACCGUACUUGCUUCAACAUGCAAGCAACCCGGUAGACUGGUACCCAUGGGGUCAAGAAGCCUUUGAUAAAGCUCAAGUGGAAAACAAACUAAUCUUUCUUUCAGUUGGUUACUCAACAUGUCACUGGUGUCAUGUGAUGGAGCGGGAAUCCUUUGAGAAUUCUGACAUUGGAAAGUUAAUGAAUGAACAUUACGUCAGUAUCAAGGUGGAUAGAGAGGAAAGGCCUGAUGUUGAUAGGGUCUAUAUGACAUUCAUUCAGGCUACUGCUGGAGGUGGUGGCUGGCCUAUGAGUGUCUGGUUAACCCCUGACUUGAAGCCGCUGAUGGGUGGUACGUAUUUCCCUCCUCAUGAUAGAUUUGGCAGACCAGGCUUUGGAACGAUACUUCAGACAAUAGCCAGACAGUGGAGGGAAAACAGAGGAGCCCUUGAACAACAAAGCACUAAGAUCAUUGAAGCUCUUCAGGCAGCAGUGCAAGUCAAAUCCACAGAUGAUCCCUCGCCCUUAAAGUCAGAGGUGUCAGAGAAAUGCUUCAAACAGCUCACUGAUAGCUUUGAUGACCAGUUUGGAGGGUUUGGAGGAGCUCCUAAAUUUCCUCAGCCAGUGAACUUUAACUUCCUGUUCAGACUGUAUGGAAGUAAUAGAGACAGUGAUAUGGGUGAGAGGUCACUAGAAAUGUGUGUUCAUACUCUAAAGAUGAUGGCCAGGGGUGGGAUACAUGAUCAUGUCAGUCAGGGAUUCCAUCGCUACUCCACGGAUCGUUUCUGGCAUGUUCCUCACUUUGAGAAAAUGCUGUAUGAUCAGGGACAACUAGCUGUAGCAUAUCUAGAUGCAUAUCAGAUCACUAAAGAGUCUGUGUUUGCUGAAAUGGCCCGUGAUAUCCUUGAAUAUGUUGGUCGAGAUCUGAGUGACAAGGCAGGUGGGUUUUACAGUGCAGAAGAUGCUGACUCUUUGCCAACAGCUGACGAAAAUCACAAGAAAGAGGGCGCUUUCUGCGUGUGGACAGAUACAGAAGUCAGGACACAUCUGAGUGACAAAGUGGAAGGAUCAGAUACUGCAACAUUAGCUGAUGUGUUCUGCAUGCACUAUGGCAUUAAACCAGCUGGCAAUGUGGACUUUGAACAGGACCCACAUGGGGAGUUGAAAGAGCAGAACGUCCUCAUCGCUCGAGGUGGCUUGGAGUCUACAGCAUCUAUGCUUGGCCUGGACGAGGGGACAGUCCAGGGCGCAUUAGAUAAAUCUAGGAAAAUAUUGCAUGAGAUCAGGUUAGGGCGCCCUCGCCCUCAUCUUGAUGAUAAAAUGCUGACUGCAUGGAACGGAUUGAUGGUGUCUGGGUUUUCAAGGGCAGGGCAGGUCCUCCAGUCACCAGAGUUCACUCAGAGAGCAGAAGAAGCAGCAAUGUUCAUCAAGCAACAUCUAUAUGAUCCAUCAACAGGAUGCCUACUCAGGAGUGCAUAUAGGAACAAAGAUGGAGACAUCGCUCAAAUCCCCAAUCCAAUCCAGGGAUUCGUGGAUGACUACUGUUUCUUGAUCAGAGGCCUGUUGGAUCUGUAUGAAGCUAAUUACGAUGAGCAAUGGGUAGAAUGGGCGAGUCAGCUCCAGGAGAAGCUUGAUGAGUUGCUAUGGGAUACCGAGAAUGGAGGAUACUUCUCUACCACCGAUAAGGACUCCUCCAUCCUGUUAAGAUUAAAGGAAGACCAAGAUGGUGCAGAACCAAGUGCUAACUCUGUUGCCUGUUUGAAUCUGCUGAGGCUGUCUAACUAUUUGAACAGACCAGACUAUCAAGAUAAGGCUGCCAAGCUCUUCUCUGUCUUUGGGGAAAGGUUGAAGAAGAUACCCAUAGCAUUGCCAGAGAUGGCAUCAGCAUUGCUGAGUCAGGGGACCACAGCUAAACAGAUAAUCAUAUGUGGAGACCGUCAAGGCCAAGACACCAGGAAACUCCUCCAGUGUGUCCAUUCUCACUACCUUCCCAACAAAGUCAUCAUCCUCACUGAUGAAGGCCACAAAUCCACCUUCCUAUCAUCCCACCUUGACAUCCUCAAGACGUUGAAGAGAAUUGAUGGGAAGGCUACAGCUUAUGUCUGCGAGAAUUACCAGUGCCAACUGCCUGUCAACUGUGUGGAUGAACUUGAGGACCUCCUGAAGAAAUGAAAUACGUCAGCCUUGCUGCUGUAAAAAGGCAUUCAAAGGCUUCUCUAGAUGCUGUUCAAAGACAUUCAAAGACUUCUCUAGAUGCUGUUCAAAGACAUUCAAAGACUUCUCUAGAUGCUGUUGAAUGGCAUUAGAAGACAUCUCUAGAUGCCGUUGAAAGGCAUUCUAAGGAGUGGUUACUAUACCAAGAUGGAGAGGGUAAGUGCAGAUUUAUAUCUUGCAAAAUGUUAAAUGCCUCAGUGGGAGCUGAAUUGAGACAAGGAGAAGUAAGAAUUGAAUUGAAUCAUAAAUCUCAAGACCAUAUGAUUCCUUUUUCUUGAAAAUGUCUUUGAAUAUCUUCAUGUUCUUGAUUUAUUGUCGUCUCAUCAACCAUCUCCUCCUUCAUAUCAGUUUCCUUCUCCUUCACCGCCCCCUCAUCCUCUCCUAUUGCCUUCCUCCACCACCUCUUCUCUUCCUUCUCAUUCUCUUUCUCCAUCUCUUAAUUAUUUUUCCUUCUUUUUGAUGCGAUUACUCUUAUUCCUCGCAGUGUUUAAUAUAAAAUCUAAUGAUAAUUAUCAUGCAUUGUACAAGUAGCAAUGAAAUAUAAAUUAAUUCAACAGAGAUGAUCAUGUGUUAUGAAAUCUUAAUGCUAAUGUGGAAUCUCUAUCAACUUAAGAGAUAAUUUCACUAAAUGAUAUGAAUCUUUACGGAAAGUUAUUGGCCGAUAUUCUGAAGUCCGGUUUAACUUAAGCCAUGGGGUGAUUUCAAGUUCAGUGUUGACUUUUUGGUGUUGGUGUAAGGUCAAUUUUUACAAGAUUAUAACACCAAAGAAUGUAGAUGGUCCCUUAAAGUCACUCACAAGUUGUUGAGAUGUCAAUAAUGUGAUCUGGAUCAGUUUUACAAACUCAGAAUAGGUUUUGGAGCCAGGGGAAGCAAUCCAAAUUUCAACACCAACACUAACACCAAGGCCAACACUGGACUGGAAAUCACCCAUGGUCUUACUGUGUUGUUAGACUCGGUUGUUUUCAAAGUCAGCGGUGCACGUGAGAUGAGACAGCCAGAUGCGUUCCACUUGUUCCUAAUUGACACCACCUAAAAACAUAGAUCUGCAAAAGCAAUGCUCUACCAUAUUAUUGAUUAUAUUUGGGACAUGUAUCAUAAAACUAUACUAAUCACACAUCCAUUGCAAGAGGAUCAUACUAUACAGAAGAAACGGCCAUCAUAUCACAGAUUUUAUUAUGUUGUUAAUGAUAUUCUUCAAAGUAUAGAUAAUUGUCAUUCAGUCCAACCCAGUUCCGACCUCUCUUAUCUGGACACGUUGGGACCAGCACCAAUCCUGAUAAGGGAUUUAUCCGGAUCUGGGAGACCCAUUAUUAAAUACGCGCAGCUGCCUCCACAAUGAUAGCUACACAUAAUCUGAUGUAGUGGGCAUACACAGACAAUACUUCACAACUGUCAGUGCAUAUUAUAGGCAUUUUUUUUUUACAGAAAUGAAAUCAAAUGGCUGCCAAAACUCUUGGAUAAUUUACCUGCUGAAAUGGUUGAGGAAUACAUUGAGCAUACCUCGAAAGAAAGAGAAUGACUUGAAACAAAGUUUGAAAAUUGGAUCAUCGCAGCUUCGCAAAGUCAGCCAUUGUCAUACUGACUGUAGGCUCAAACAUGAUAGAUGGCGCUGUCAGUAAUGUAAGACGCCUGCGGGAGACGGGUUUUUCCCCUCAAAAAAGAAAUGCACAAUAGAUCUGUGAAUGGUUGCACUGUACUGGAAAAUUAUCCUGUCCGAGUUCUUUCGGUGAUUUGGGUGAGAUAUUUUCCGAAAAAAAUAAUGUGGUUGUACAUGUUGGUAGGCUGUAUUGGAAAAUGUAUGUAAUCAAAGUGAGUUUGGCAUAUGAAUUUUGAUUUUAGAUUAAAAUCUCAUUUCCCCUACAUACUAGACUGAAAAAAAAAAAAAAUCUCUGCAAGUGUGCGUCCGGAUACUAGAAAGAUCUGGAUAAGUGGAGGCUGGAUAAGAGUGGUCGGACUGAAUAUUAUCAUGUGCUUGAAAACAUUAACACUUCUUCUUUUGAUUUGCAAAGUUCUUGAAUUAUCGUUAAAUCUGGUUCUUCCAAUAUGUUUUGACCUAAUUUUCAUAAUCCUUAUUUGACAUUUUAUGUGUGUUUUUUUCAAUAAAACAUGUUUUUGUUUGUUUCAUUUUUCACACCAUUGGCAUUAGACCUCAAGUUGUCACCAUUUAUCCAUUACACAUGUAAAUAGUGCAAGUAUCUGUGAAAAGUUACACAAAAAAUGCUCAAAAUGAUCAUACGAUUUUAUGCUGAAUUUCUUAUUCAUGAUAUUCAUGAUGCAUGCUCUUCUAAGAAAGGCAUGCAGUGUACAGGGUCAGCGUUUGAAUACAUCAUUAAAUUUCUUUUUUUUUUAUAUGUGUGAGCCUAUGAGGCAAUAUUAUCAAGUGAUAUAUGCUAAAAAUAUUUAGGAUCAUUUCUUAUGUGAAAAUACAUGUGAUGUAUUUGUAUAUUUUAUGUAAUGAGGUGGAAAUGUUCAAAGUUUAUUUCAAAUUUAUAUUUGAAACUUUUCCAAAUGCAUCUCUUCCAACUUUUUUUUUCUUCAAAUGAAAUGUAUUCAAAACUGUUAUGACUAUGUUUCAAGCUCAAUUUGAUUACCAUCGGUUUUGUGAAAAAGACAUUUGUGAUGAAUGCCCUCUUUAGAUAUAUGUUUAAAAUGUGCAAAUGUACCUGGCAGGAAUAUCCAUUGCAUGCUACACCUGUGGCCCUUGAAGGUGGCCAGCUACAUACCAGGGUAAUAGACAAUAGUGACACUAAUUUAGCGCCUUGAAUACCAUGCACAGUGCACCUAGGAGCAUGUUGUAAAUUGCUUUUUUAAUCAUUAUUAUUAUUUUGUUUGGUCACAGACUUUCAAUAAGUGGGUUCAGGUUGUUACUCCCCUUUCCCAUUUGUGCAGUUUGUCUUUGACUUUGUUACAUUCAUUCAUAUGUGUAAUACUGAUGAGCAUUUAUUGUGUAAUAGAAUGGUCUGUAAACUAUCAUUCUCUGAUAGUGUCUCUAUCUCUGUCAAAAGACAUCUUGGCCUGUGACACAAUGCUUAAAGCCUCUUUCAAGAUUUGGCAUGAAAAAAAAAGAUCUCUCACUGUUCAAGUUCUGUAGUAGAGUAUAUCAUCAAUGUGUAUGUCCAAAAACUGAUAUGAUAUGGAUGAUAUAGAGUGAAAUCUUUUUUUUUAGUGAAUGUAUUUUAUGAACAUUUAUUUUGAUCAGGUGCCACAUCAAAAUAAAAAUAAAGAAUCAA